AUGUCGUUGUGCGAGAACCUACCCCCAGGCGUCAUCACGAGACUCUUUCGGGAAGUACAGAGCUUGAGGGAUGAACCGGUGCACGGCGUCGAGCUGUUGAACGACAGCGGUCAAGACGUUUUGACCGAGCUCCAUGCUGUCAUAACCGGUCCGGAGGAUACUCCAUAUGAAGCAGGUUCCUUUCGAGUCAAGCUCGUACUCUCUGGAGAGUACCCAUACCAGCCGCCUCGGGGUUACUUUUUGACGAAAAUCUUUCAUCCCAACGUUAGCGAACAGGGGGAUAUCUGCGUCAAUACUCUGAAACGCGAUUGGCAGAGCAGCUAUGGGAUUCGGCACGUCCUCACGGUAAUACGAUGUCUGCUCAUUGAUCCGAAUCCAGAGAGCGCCUUGAAUGAGGAAGCCGGUCGACUCUUACUCGAGGACUAUGCAGCAUUCGCAGCGCGAGCUCGAAUCUGGACGGAAGUCCAUGCCUCCCCGCGGACUGGUGGCGGCGGUGCCGCUGCAACACGCGAGGACAUGGCACCCAAAUCCUGGCCUGCCAGCGAACGCAAGACUCCCGGAACAACACCCGGUUCGAAGCACCACUCGAGUCCCAGUGGUUUUGGCCUCGGAAACCAAGGCGCCAUGAGCGCAAGCAUGCGCGAGAAGCGUCGGAGUCUCAAGCGCCUCUGA